AUGAUGAAAAUAUCAUCCAUCUUGAAUGACAGCGAUGAUGAGCAAUACGAGUCAAGCUCCACAUCUUGCUCGUCAGAAUCGAGUCCGUCGCCAUCGAGCUCGACGUUGUCGCCCACCAUCUCCACAUUAUCGCUGUCCUCAUCUCCACCUGGCACUAAGCGCACCCAACGCAAGCGCGCACGCCAGGACUCAAGACCCAAGAAAUCCCGAGGAGCCUGCCACAAGUACACGCGUGAGCAGGAGCAUUUUAUAUGGUACCAUAGGACCGAUCUCCACAUGCCGUGGGAUCAAGUCGAACAUGAGUACAAGCAGUAUUUCAACCACGACCGUGAAAAAGGCGGGCUUCAAUGCAAGUACUAUCGAGUCCUCAACUCCUACAAUGUUGAAAAGGUCCGGCAGCAAACGAAAUGGGGCCAAGUCAUUGGCAAAGCCAAAAUUGGAAAAUAUGGCCUGCUGGCAACGGUUAAGUGCAAUUAUCCCUGGAUCCGAUUGCAACAGGGAGCAUGA